AUGUCAAUAAUGAGCACUACAACCCUCUCAAUAACCAACAGCAAAAUCUACAGCAACUAUAUUCCCAAAUUCCAAGUCACUUACCUCCUGUUUCACUGCCCCAAAAAUUACCAAUACUACAACUACAAACACCAUGGAAUCUCUCUAUUGCCCCAAAAAUCAACAAUAUCAAAGGGCAAAUACAACCUAACCGAUUUUCAAAUCAUGAGAACCUUAGGGACCGGUUCGUUUGGAAGAGUUCACCUCGUUCGUUCCAUUCACAAUGGAAGAUACUACGCUAUCAAAGUCCUCAAAAAAGAAAAAAUCAUCAAAAUGAAACAAGUCGAACACACCAACGACGAACGAAGAAUGCUCAAACUAGUAGAACACCCUUUUCUAAUUCGAAUGUGGGGAACCUUUCAAGACUCUAAAAACUUGUUCAUGGUAAUGGACUUUAUCGAAGGUGGUGAACUAUUCUCUCUACUAAGAAGAUCCCAAAGAUUUCCUAAUCCUGUCGCCAAAUUUUACGCUGCUGAAGUGAUCUUAGCCUUAGAAUACCUACAUAGUUUUAAUAUUAUUUAUAGAGACUUGAAACCUGAAAAUAUUUUACUAGAUAGAAAUGGGCACAUAAAAAUAACUGAUUUUGGCUUUGCAAAGGAAGUCAUCUCCUACACCUGGACUCUCUGUGGUACUCCUGAUUACAUUGCUCCUGAAAUCAUCAGUGCUAAACCCUAUGGAAAAAGUGUUGAUUGGUGGUCUCUUGGGAUAUUGAUCUUUGAAAUGUUAUCAGGUUACACUCCUUUUUACUCAAAGACUCCAAUAAAGACUUAUGAAAAAAUAUUAAACUGUAAAAUCAACUUUCCUAGCUAUUUCCACAUCAACUCAAUUGAUCUCAUCAAAAGAUUGGUCACAAAGGACUUAACAAGAAGAUUGGGUAACUUGUCAAAUGGGGUCUACGACAUCAAAAAUCAUGAAUGGUUUGAAGAAGUCAUCUGGGAAAAACUAUUAAACAAAGACAUUGAAACUCCCUAUGAACCCCCAAUCAGUGGUGGAAUUGGUGAUAGCAGCUUGUUUGAUUUCUAUCCCGAAGAAAAAUUCGAUUAUGGUAUAAAAGGCGAAGAUCCUUAUCAACAAUAUUUCACUGAAUUUUAA